AUGGACGGGGCGGAGAUGGAGGGGCCGCUCUUUCUGCAGAGCCAGCGCUUCGGGACCAAGCGCUGGCGCAAGACCUGGGCCGUGCUGUACCCCGCCAGCGCGCACGGCGUGGCGCGGCUCGAGUUCUUCGACCACAAGGGCGCGAGCGCCGGAGGCGGCCGCGGAGGCUCGCGCCGCCUGGACUGCAAGGUGAUCCGCCUGGCCGAGUGCGUGAGCGUGGCGCCCGUGGCCGUGGACAGCCCCCCGGAGCCCGGCGCCGCCGCCUUCCGCCUGGACACGGCGCAGCGCUCCCACCUGCUGGCGGCCGACGCGCCGGCCUGCGUGGCCUGGGUGCAGACCUUGUGCCGCAACGCCUUUCCGAAAGGCAGCUGGGCACCGGGGCCUGCUGAGAACCCGCCCAAACCUUCUGCCCUGGAGAUGCUGGAGAACUCCCUGUACAGCCCCACCUGGGAAGGAUCCCAGUUCUGGGUGACAGUGCAGAAGACCGAGGCGUCCGAGCGGUGUGGCCUGCAGGGCUCCUAUGUACUACGGGUGGAGGCUGAGAAGUUGACCCUCCUGACAGCUGGUGCACCAAGCCAACUGCUCCAGCCGCUCCUCUCCUGGCCCUACACGCUUCUGCGACGCUAUGGCCGCGACCAGCUCAUGUUUUCUUUUGAGGCGGGCCGGCGCUGUCCCUCGGGCCCUGGGACCUUCACCUUCCAGACAACGGAGGGAAAUGACAUCUUCCAGGCCGUGGAGACGGCCAUCCAGCGGCAGAAGGCCCAGGGAAAGUGCACUCCGGGGCAGGUCACACUCCAGGAAGGAGAAGUAGCAGAGGGGAAAUUGGGUUCCCCCACCAGUGCCCAGGAGCCCCGGGACAGCCCUCCUGUCCUAUAUGCAGAACCCUUAGACUCUGUGCAUAUUCCUGCAGGCUCCUCCCAGGACUCCCUUUACUCUGACCCCCUGGAUAGCACCCCAGGCCGGGUGGGAGAGGCCAACCCUUCGAAGAAGCCUCACUACUGGGAUACCUAUGUGCUGGUGCAGCAACAGCUGCUGAAAGCCAAGCUGAAGGAUCCCAGAGACGACCCCAUCUACGAUGAGCCUGAGGGUCGAGCUCCCACCUCUCUUCGGGGCCUGUAUGACCUGCCUCAGGAGCCCAAGGACGCUUGGUGGUGCCAGGCUCGGGUAAAGGAGGAAGGCUACGAGUUUCCCUACAACCCUGCCACCGAUGACUAUGCUGUGCCCGCCCCUCGCAGCACAAAGCCCCUUCCGGCCCCCAAGCCUGGGCGACUGGCCUUCUCUGCAUGUGGUGGUCAGGGACGGGGCACAGAUGCUGCCCUGUACAGCAAGGUCCAGAAGAGUGGUGCCUUGGGUAGCUGGGACUGUGGGCUCCCCACAGCAGGGCCCCAUGGGACAGGCAAGGCUGAGGGCUCUACCUGAGCAGCCUGCCAGCUUGGGUGCUUGGUAGGUGGCACUGGGGUCAGGAGGAGGCUGGAGUGUCCUUGUAGAACAGGGGCCAUGGGAACAGGGAAGUCAGGGGGGCCAUGCAGCCCUAGGGGUCCUAGAAGGACAUGUCCAGGCUGGGGCUGGAAUCAGGGACAGACGCCUUUCCCAUCUGCUGCUCCAACACAUGAGAAGGACAUCUUGA